AUGAAGGAUUCUACUGUGAAAAUUGGAUCCAACAGGAGUACAGAAUACCUAUGUCCCGCGGGAAGCUACUGUCCCGCCGGAUCCCCAGCCCCAACACCCUGUCCCGCAGUAACCUUGAGUAACAUACAGGGCAUGAUCAAUGUGACCUCGUGUACAUUUUGUGAUCCUGGGAAAUACUGUAACGAUACAGGCCUUACAAGCAAUGUCAACGACUGUGACCCUGGUUUCUACUGUCAAUGUGGGCAAUCUGUACGUAACCCCGUUGCAUACCCAUGCCCCAUCGGGCUCCAUUGUCCUUGCUCCAUGCUUCCCCGGAUAUUAUACCAACAGGACUCGUGUCUGAUUUGUUCACCCGGAUUCUACUGUGUUCCGGAGGAAGUUGUGAUUCAUUGUCAGGUUACUCUCUCUGCCCGGAGAGUUUCUACUGCCGCGAGGGAACUGGUAGAAACUAGUCCUGGUGCCCUGAAGGCACCUUUUCCAAUGUUCUUGGGCUUGACGACAUCUGACUGCCAGCAAUGCUUAGGCGGGAAACACUGUGAUGUGACAAACCUGACUGCCCCCAUGGCAGACUGUGAUGCUGGGUACUUCUGCACUUUGGGUGUCGACACCUCCCAACCUGAUGGCGUUUCGAAUACAGGAACUGGUGGAAUCUGUCCCCUGGAGGAUUCACGUUGUCAGACACCAGAAAGUUGUUCGCAGGACCUAGAGAACCAGGCUGACUGCAAGACUUGUCCAUCAGGCUACUAUUGCCUGGCUGGCAGUACUAACUACACUGAUACCCCGUGUCCGAACGGUCACUACUGCCUCAAUGGAACCACAGCGGAUAACCAGUAUCCAUGUCCUGCUGGAAUAUUCAACAACCUCCCUGGAGCCCACAAUGAAAGUUCUUGCCUGCCCUGCACCCCUGGGUACUACUGUGUUGCCCCGGGGCUCGUUGCACCCACAGGAAUGUGCGAUCCGGGCUGGUACUGGGAAUCAGGCUCGUUAUUGGCUCAACCCACUAGUCCAGAGGGAGGAAAAUGCCUAGCUGGCACCUAUUGUCCAGUGGGAAGCUACACCACGACGGGAUGUGACCCAGGCUCCUACUGUUCUAAAGACAUGCUAGAUGCAGUCACGGGUAACUGUUGUGCGGGAUAUUACUGUACAGGGAAUUUCACAACCGACCAACCCACAGGCACUGGAGGUGACCGAUGCCCCACAGGCCAGGGAGCCACUGAUAACUCAUUCUGUCUGUCCUGCACUGCUGGAAAAUACUGUAGCCAAUCAGGACUGUCCGCUAUUGAAGGAGACUGCUCCCAAGGCUACUUCUGCGAUGCUGGUAUUUACGGAGCCAUCUCCAACUACUCCCAAUACAUUUGUCCAGAAGGGCUUGUCCAUGAAGACAACUGUACAUCUUGUUCUGUUGGUAUGGCAUGUGACGAAACUGGCCGCACCUAUCCUAAGAGACCGUGUUCUGCCGGCUAUUACUGUCUCACAGGAGCUCAAUCACAGACACCUAGCCAAGGGGUGAAUGCUGACCCAUCUCGGACUGGCUCGCACUGUCCUGAACAAACAGCAGACUCAGUGCCUUGCCUUGCCGGAACAUUCAAUCCAAGUCUGUUGCUGCAUUCAGAAGAUCAGUGUCUAAACUGUACUGGAGGAAGUUAUUGUAAUGAUACAGGUUCUGAGUAUCCCACACCUUGCCCCUAUGCAACCUUCUCCAACAACGUGGGUAAUGCCGCAAGUGGAGAUUGUAGCCAGUGUAACCCAGGCUACUAUUGUAACGGAGAAGGACUCGCCAAUGUCACUGGAGAAUGCAAAAAAGGUUACUACUGCCCUGUUGGUAGCAGUGUUGAGACAGAAGUAAUCUGCAACAUUGGCAAAUACUGUCCCACGGGCACUGCGGUCCCACAAGAUUGUCCUGCUGGGUACUUCACGGGAUCUAAAGGAAAAAAAGAGUGUCAGAUCUGCCCUGAAGGCUUCUACUGUGUGGGGGCCAAUGUGGUGGCUGGAGACAUCAGCACUGUGAAGACUGCUUGCCCCUCGGGAUAUUUCUGCCCCAACGGCAACUGGCAGCCUUGCCCAGCUGGAACUUACAGCGCAGUUAAGGCUGACAAAUUGACCAGCCCUUCAGGCCCUUGCAGUGCCGGUCACUACUGUACAUCGGGCGCACUUUCUGCUAAUCCAACCAUGCUAAGGGCUAGCCAAUGCCCUGCCGGUACAGUUCACCCCAUUGUUGGUGAUGUGUGUCCUAUUGGCCAUUAUUGUCCAGAAGCUAACACAGCGUUGGAGGUCAUCUGUGAAAACGGCUACUACCAGGAUGAAUACCAGAAAGACAUAUGCAAACUUUGCCCAGCAGGUUACUUCUGUGACCAUGCUUUUGGCGCAAUCGGCAAUCUCUCGAACUACGAAUGUCCCAGAGGUUUCUACUGCCCGUGUGGUGUUAAUGGGUCCAAACAGCAUUGGUGGCCGAGACCCAGUGUCAGCCAUGUUUGCCGGGAUAUUUCUGUCAGAAUACAGGACUUCCUGAGCCUGAGGGACUUUGCUAUCCUGGCCUUCCAUGUACCGCUGGGUACAUUGAUUCCUGUGACAUAUGUCCUGCAGGAAGGUCACCUGGGAAUGAACUACACACUGCCUUGUCCUGCAGGCUACUAUUGUCUUAGUGGCACCCAAAAUGAUGGCGAACCAUGUCCAAUUGGUGGAAAAUACUGUGGAGGGGAAGCUCUCACUGAGCCAACUGGCCCGUGUGCUGAGCGGUACUACUGCCCUGCAGCAGAUGAUAUCGGAGACGCAUCCCCCACCGGAUACCUUUGUCCAGCGGGAUCAAUAUGUCCAGCCAACACUGCCGAUCCCAUACCAUGUGACCCGGGCACCUACCAAGAAAACGUGGGCAAGUUCGAGUGUGACGCGUGUCCAGCAGGGUACUAUUGCCCGUCUAAUACAUUUGUGCCCAUUGAUUGCCGGAUCUAUUCAUACUGCCCUGAGAGUUCAGCUGCCCCGACGCUGUGCUUGCAAAUACUGUACCGGUGUGCAGAUCGAGGCCCAUGCCAGGCUGGCCACAUCUGUCUAAGUGGGAUUGGUGUAUCUGACCCCGACAAUUCCUACCUGCCCAAUGGGGGUGGGGGAGGGGAGGUCACAAUGGACCCAGCAAUGUGUCCCAACGGCACAUACAAUGACCAAACCAGGAUGAGUGAUUCCAGUGCUUGUCUCCUUUGCCCCGCUGGCUAUUUCUGUGAUGAGGAAGGCAUUGCUAACUACACAACCAAACCAUGUCCCCUCGGAUAUUUCUGCGUCAACGCCUCCAUCUAUCCUUAG